AUCGUACCCAGACUCUUAUAUUUAGCGACUUCCGACCCCAAACUGUCUCCUGGUCCCCAAUAACAAGAUUCAUUAAUACUUAUCGUUAAAAUAGUUAAUUCCUGAUGUUUCUUGGCUAUCGUUAUGCGUCAAAAACCGGUAAAUACGAUGCUAUGAGUACGAUAAUCUGGCAACGGUGGUGCAGACGACGGCCAGCUGUUGUUGUUGACAGGUGUGACGCCUCGCCGCCCACCCUCCUGCUGCACGCCCGGCCAUGGCUCGUGUGGGCGUCCAGCGGAAGCCUCGACAGCUGCAGAUCGUCACCCCCGAGGAGGAGCUGGAGAACCUCAAGAACGAGGUUGGGGUGCUGCGUCGAGCUGUGGAGAGCAAGAGUGCCGCUGUGGGUAUCUUGCGCUCCGAGCUGCAGGAGUGCCAGAAGGAACGCGACAAGUUCAGAACACUGGCGGAGCAGGGCGGCAGCUCCACCCUGCACCGCCCCCUACCACUUACCCCGGCAAAGGCGACACUGUCCGACCCUGGCCGCUCUGCCAUGCUCAGUGUGGGGGACGGCACCAGUCUGGCCCAGCUCCUUUGUCAGGCCAAGGAGGAGAGCCGUGCGCUGAGGCAGGAGGCGGCGGAGCUCAGAUGUAGACUCCACGACGCACAGGCCGACACAAAGGUCCUGCGGGAGGAGGUGCAGCGGUGGCGGGGGGGCGGGGAGGGUCGGCGUGGCAGCCAGGCCAACACGGCACUCACCCAGCUGGCCCUGCAGGAACGGGAGCGCUUCAUUUCGCAGAUGGAGGAGCUGAGUGCUAAGUGCCAGGCGUUGGAGGGGGAUGUCCGGGGGCUGGUGGAGGAGAGGGAGGAGUUGGUUCGGGAGCUGGACGCCACACACCACAAGCUACAUCGCCUCAACUAUAUCCUCAACACAAUCCUCAGCAGCCCCCACUACACCACCACCACCACCACCAACACCAGCACCGCCACGCCCACCCCACCCAAACGCAUCGUUGACCUCGACGCCAUCAUCACCGAAAACAGGUACUUGCAGCAGAGGCUGAAGCAGGCUGAGGAAGACGUGGCCUUGGCCCGGAGCAACUCAGCAAAAUACAAGUCAGCCCUAGAGAGGUGCCGGACACAGGGCUCCUUCAAGCUGGGUACAUCCGAGAACCUGAUUGUCACCCCAAAGCAAGUGAGUGAGCUUCUCCAGGAGUACCGUGGAGAGAUGGGCGGCUCGGCUGAGAAUGACCUGCGCUCGCUCUGUGUGGCACUGGUGGAUGCUCUUGGCCAGCGGUCCAGGGCACUCCGCACCCAGCGCUCUGCCAACAGAGUCUUGGUCGACCGGGUUAAUGAGUUGGAGCGGCGAUUGGUGGACAAUAGUGGGCAAGGCGGCCAGACAGGAGAUGCAGCGCCCCUCACAGACCUACCACUGGCCGCACGAGAGCUGAUGGAAGGGUACACGCCUCCUGCCGGCAUAGGGGGGUUGUCUUACGUGAAGGAGGAGGAUGCUUCACGUGACCCCAGGCUGGCGAAGUUCCUAGGGCCGCUCACUGCUCCCCAGCCUCCUUCACACACCAGGGACGCCGGUGAUGGGGAAGUGCAGAUGAAUGGGGUAAACGGGAAUGAGAUAAAUGUGAUCGCUGAGACUGAAAGGGAAAGCGUGGAUUUGAAUCUGACACACGUUCACAGUGGAAUGAGUGUGGAUGAGAUAAGUAGUAGUGAGGAAGAGAUUGAAGAGAAUGACCUACAAGAGGAAGAUGAGAGGGAUAUGAAGGAGAGUAGCCCGCUCCUUCCCAAUUUGCAGUGUUCCCAAGCUUCCGCAGAUGACACCCUUGAGGAAAUAGUGCCUCUGGACCAGUUGGACGCCUAUAUAAAGGAAAUGCACUUGAACAGACGGUGCACAGCCACUCAGAAGGGGAGGAAAGAGACGAAGAAAGGCAAGGAGGAGGAAGAGAAAAAGCGGGAAAAGAAGGGAAAAGAGGAGGAAAAACGAUGUGGAAAGGAAAGGAAAGAAAGGGAAGUGGAGAAGGAAGUUGUCGAGAGAGGAAGAACAGAAACGGAGAUGCAGAAGAGAGUGGACAAGAGAGAGCGGAAGGAAAUAAGAAGCCAGAGAGAAGCGGAUGGAAAGAAAAGUGCCGGAACGGAAGCGCAGGAAGAAACGGCAGGAACAAAAGAACAGAGGGAAGUCGAGAGAACGCAAGAAAAUAACACGUCAACCGCAGGGAAAGAAACCAAGAUGACGGCGGACUCCUCCACCACCUCGGUAGACAGAACGGAAGCGCAGGAAGAAACGGCAGGAACGAAAGAACCGAGGGAAGCUGAAAAUAACGCAUUGACCACAGAGAUGACGGCAGACUCCUCCACCACCUCGGUCGACGAUCUAGACAAAAAAAUUAACGAAAAGGAUUAUGACGAGAGCUUUGACGAAGAAACCAAUAUUACGGCAAACUCCUUCACCACCUCGGUAGACGAUAUAGACGACAAAAAGGAUUACGAUGAUGACGAGAGCUUUGACCUCGACCUCAGCGACUAUGACAGUGACAAUGACAAGCUUGACCUGGCGCUGGAGGAGUGGAGAAACGACUGCGGGGGAGGGAAACUUGUAGGCGAACCGAGCUCUCCAGCGAAGGGAAGGAAGAAGGAGCGAUUUAGACUGUGGAGGAAGGAGCCAAAGGAUAGCGGUGAUGACGUUGAGCUGCCGUCCGCCCUACAGGCCCUGCUGGACAAAGCCGCCGCCUCCGUGGACACUAGCGGUGACGGCAACGCUGGCUGGACAAUGUAAACACCCGCACCUCUACCUCAAGUUCAGGACAAUAUUACCACAUGAUUCAGUUAUUAUACAGAGGAAUAACAGACACCAGAAGACCUGUCGGUAUAUGGCGAGGGUGUCUGUUUACUACCGCUACAGGACAGAAUAGAUGAAGGCUCCUCCCCACCCACCUCUCCGUGCCAGCAGGAAAUAGUUAGAAGAGAACACCAUGUGCCUUUAAGGAAGAAAGGGACAUGGAAAUUUUACAGUAAAGAGAGAAAUAAGAGGAAAUUACUACCCUUAACUUACGCUACUGGUGACCUAAGCUGUGGGGGAAACUAUGUCUUCAGGUUGUACUCGUGCUGCCUGAGACAAAUGAAAGAGGGUCAGUAAACACUGUAUGUUGUUGAAUAAAAAAAUUAAAAA